AUGAUAUCGCCCAUCACAGGAGUGCUGUUGGGUUCAAAUGCCAACAGCGCCUAUAAUAUUGACGUGUUGAGUUUAGGAAAGGGGAGUAAACAAGUUAUUCCUGGAACAAACCCUGUUCACGCAGGUUUCUUCCGUCAGCUACGCAUGGAUGCCGACCCGGUGACAAUAUCGCAAUAUCGUAAUAUCGAAAUAUCGCACUCUUUGAACUUGGAAGCCUACGCUUCCAACCAUCUCGGCAUUGCAGGCUGUCGUUUUGCCAUGUGCAGAGCCCUACUGAACGGGACCUUCACGGGUGAGGCCCAGGUCAUCGAUUUUGUCCUCCGACAUGGAAUCGGAAUGGGUGGCCAAACAUGUUUGAGGCGUUUUGAGAUUGAUAAUUAUUAG